UCCAGACACCACUUGAUUCCUACCUAGAACAAAAGCCUUACCAAUUUUCCUGCUUCUCGGAAACUGAGACCUCCAAGCUACCUUUUUGUAGAGAGAUUCCAUUUUCCAGCGAUGUUUACUUUCAUGCUAAAAGCUCUCACCUUUUCUUCUUCUUCUUCUUUCCCCUCUUAGUAUCAUACUAAUUACUGCUUCUACUUUCCAGUUUCCACCCCCAUUCUCCUCUGUUUCUCCCUUCAUCUCUCUUCUUCUGCGGAUUCUUGAGUUUUCACUUCUGUCCCCCUAACAAUUUCGGUUUCUAUUGCUUCCUUCCUUCAACUGUUGAGCUUCGUGUCCAUGAAAUAUUCUAAUGUCUAACCUUUUCGGUUUAAUGGGGUAACCUAUCGGUUCGUCCCAUUGUGUGCAUGGGAAGCUUGUUUGAACUAGUUGAUUUUGGCGAAAACGGGAUGGCUAGGAAGUUUGUUUCUCACAAGAAGCCGGGUGGUUUGGAGGCUCCUCGAAACAGUUUGGACCUGCCCGUAGAGGUUUCCCAGAGACUUUGUACCGGAGGCAAUAAUAACAUUCUGUGUGCUUAUCAUAUGACAAAUGGAUGGUCUGACAAGAACUCGUAUACCCCUGAGCUUCCGAUUAAAAAGCUUAUUAAUGAGGAAAUUGGUCGAAGACCGAACAAAGGACGGAAUGCACCUAGUGUAGUAGCCCGUUUGAUGGGAGUGGAUAUGUUACCGUUAGAUUCAAAGCCCGUUGCAAGGCAGAACAAGAAAAACAAUGAAACGAAAAUAAGCAACACUCCCGAAGAGGAGGAGGUGAGAGAGGUCCCGAUUGAUCGCAUCACUCUCACGACGAAUUCCUCGAGGCAUAAAAAGUUGAGUUCUUUUGAUGGCUAUGAAUACUGUGAUCAAGACAGAUGGAGCGAUAGCAGCGUGAAGUUGGAGAAACCCAAACCCCGAGAACACCCUCAGGAGGAGGAAUUGCAGAAGUUUAAGAAAGAAUUUGAAGCGUGGCAAUCUGCGAGGUUUAGGGAAUGUUCGAAAGUUGUUGAGCUUGGCGUUCCUCAAAGUCAGUGGCUUGCACAACAGAACCUUAACCGGGAAAAGAUGGCUUUUUAUGCAAAAUCUACAGAACUGAAAGCGUAUCCCCAAGAAAGGAGUAGUUUACAGCUCCAGAAAAACAAAACGGAAGAUUAUGCAGAUGAGCAAAAGAACUCAUUUUUCCUCAAAACCAUAAAUUCGAAAACAGACCUUAAGGAGACUGCCUUAAUUAAUUCUUCCCAGAAGUUUGAGAAAGUCUCAGCUCCCACGAAAAUUGUGAUUUUGAGGCCUGGGUUCGAUGAUUUUGACACCAAAGGUGCAUCCUGGGCAAGUUCUCCAGGCAUUUCAGAGGACAGGGGUAGCAUGGAAGAUUUUCUUGAGGAAGUUAAGGAAAGGUUGAGGCACGAAAUGCAAGGCAAGAGUUCCAAGAGGAGCACAAUUGCCCGAGGAGGAGGAAUCGAAACUCCUUAUAGUGAAAAAUCGCCAGAUGCAAGGCAAUUAGCUCAACGCAUUGCAAAGCAGGUAAGGGAAAGUGUUACUCGGGACCUUGGUGUGAGUUUGCCUCGUUCUGAAUCGACAAGAUCAUAUAGAAGUGAAGUUCAGUUUGAUGGGACUGAUUCUCCCGAGUUUAUUAACAGAGACACGAGGAGAUUCUUGACAGAAAGGUUGAGGAAUGUCCUAAAGGAAGAAACUUGUCGUGAUAUCCCCCGGGCUGUUCAUGGAUGUUCUAGAUUGGGACUAUCAAGUAAGGAAAAGACGAGAACAGAAGAAUCUAGUGGCACUAGGAAUUCAGGAAGCAAAUUUAGCCACUGGGAUGAGAUGAAAAAUAAAUCAGAUAUGCAAAGCAGUUCUUUCAGAAAGGAUAACGAUGAUGAUGAUGAUGUAAAACUCGAGGCAGAACUCUCUCCUAGGAAUCUCAUUCGGUCUUUGUCAGCUCCUGUAUCUGGAACAUCAUUUGGAAAGCUUCUCUUGGAGGAUCGCCAUAUUUUGACAGGUGCCCAUAUAAGGAGGAAACAUGAAGCUAUCGAAAAGGUAACUUUGAAUGCCAAGAAACGGAGGAAAGAGAAGUUCAACCUCAAAGAAAAAGUAUCCAGCUUCAAAUACAGUUUCAUCCUCCGAGGAAAACUUUUUGGUAAAAAACUUCCAUCAUUGGAGGAAUCGCAUGGAAGUAAACAUAAUUUCAAUGCACCAACUGUUACUAUGAAUCUUUACGAAAGACAUGAAAAUUCCACUGAAGUGCCACCAAGCCCUGCGUCUGUUUGCAGCAGUGUUAAUGAAGAAUUCUGGAGGCCUGGAGAUAAUUUCAGCCCAGCUUCGACUCCAGAUGUCUAUCCACUGGAUGAGAGUGACAUGCCUCGUGUUUUCCGAGAGAUCAGCUCCAAUCUAAGUGAACUGCGGAGGCAAUUGAAUCAGUUAGAAACUGGAAUCCCUGGAGAGGCCGUGAUUGAUGACCAGCCUCUCGAGGAUGAAAUGAUGGAGAUAAAGGACAAUGCUGAAGCUUAUAUCAGGGAUCUGCUAAUUGCUUCUGGUCUGUACGAUGGUUCGUGUGAUAAAUACCUAUCGAGAUGGGAUCCUCUUGGAAAGCCAAUUAGCAACCAUGUUUUCGAAGAAGUAGAAGAAUCUUACAGGCAGAAGACAAAGGGAAAUGAACACGAUCAAGGAGAGAAGUUAAAUCAUAAGUUGCUAUGUGAUUUAUUGAACGAAGCACUUUCGAGCUUGAUUGGGGCACCUUUGACAGCGUCUAGAUUCUUGAAAAAGGCGACUGGCCCUCUGCCUCGACCUCCACAAGGAAGGAAGUUACUGGAUCGUGUCUGGGAAAUGACCCGAGCUCAAAUUUACCCAGCACCAGACGAAUCUUAUCAUUCCCUCGAGAGUAUAGUGGCACGCGACUUGAAGUCCACCCCGUGGACUGGAUUGAUUGAUGAAGAUGUGAAUGCUCUAGGCAAAGAUAUCGAAUCCCAGAUAACAGGAGAUUUGAUUCAAGAAAUUAUAAAAGAUAUGCAACCACUGUCAUGAAGGAAAGUUUUGAUUCGAGCUUUGGGGCAUAUGCAGUGUAAGUAAGAUAUGUGACAUGCUGUUUUGCCUAAAGCAUGGAGUGCUUGUAGAUUGCAUAGGCAAAAGCCAAAAGGUUUUACAUAACAUGAUAGGUUUUUCUUCUUCUUUUUUCAUUUUUAUUUGGUGUGGGGUUAUUCAUUGUAUAUGAGGUGAUCUUAUUAAUUAGUUCAACUUGAGAAAUUUUAACUUCUUUUCUUUCUGCAAAAAAAUAAUCUAGUCUUCAUAGGGAAUGCAAAAUUUGUUUGUCAACAGAAGUGAUUAUUCCUAAAUU